GCCGCGUCCUAGCCGCCUAUUGCUCGAUUAUCAAAGCAGCCAUUGCCCCGCCCCCACUAGACUAGACAUUUCUCUAAUAGCUCACAUGAGCUCAUCGCACAGCAACAGAAGUCGUUUUUUUCUCAACAUAAUUUUCUGAGCUUUUCACAACCAUUUUCGUGUCCCUCCUUCGCCUUGAGGAAUUGAAUCAUCGUAUUUGUUUGAGAGUGCACAAUGGCUUCUUCAGUUCCUUUUCGUCAGUUGUCUACGGAUCCUCGCAAUGAGCUUCGUCCACAUGUGGACCACUAUAUUGGCAUUGACGUGGGGACUGGCAGUGCCAGAGCCUGCAUUAUGAAUGAUCAGGGUGAUAUUGUAGGACUGGCUUCUGAAAACAUUGGACUGUGGCAGCCACAGACCGGUUACUAUGAACAAUCUACAACCGACAUCUGGCGCUGCAUCUGCUCGUCAGUGCGCCGAGCAAUGGACCAACACAAUAUCGACCACAACACUAUCCGUGGGAUCGGCUUCGAUGCUACUUGCUCUCUGGCUGUCUUCUCUCAAGACACAGACGAGCCAGUCUGCGUCACGGGUCCUAACUUCGACAAUAAAGAUGGCAAUGACCGAAAUGUCGUGCUAUGGCUUGACCAUCGCCCUAUCGAAGAAACGCAGAAAAUCAAUGCGACCAAGCACAACCUGCUCCGAUACGUUGGAGGGAAGAUGUCCAUUGAGAUGGAAAUCCCCAAAGUGUUGUGGCUGAAGAACAAUAUGCCGAAGGAGCUCUUCGAUCGGUGCAAAUUCUAUGAUUUAACUGAUGCUCUCACGCAUAUUGCAACAGGAAGCGAAACCCGGAGCUUCUGCAGUGUAGUUUGUAAGCAAGGAUUCGUUCCUGUUGGUGUGGAUGGUAGUGUGAAGGGAUGGCAAGAGGACUUUCUCACGGAAAUCGGACUGAAGGAUCUCUGUGAGGAUAAUUUCAAGCGGAUGGGUGGUGUUGACAAAGUGAACGGCCGUUAUCUGACUGCUGGUGAGCUUGUCGGUACUCUGGGCGAGAAAGCAGCAGCGGAUAUGGGUCUCUCCCCUGGUAUCGCUGUCGGCAGUGGUGUGAUCGAUGCAUACGCUGGGUGGAUAGGUACAGUUGGCGCAAAAGUUCAGCUUGAUGAAGAGACUCUAAACACCGACGUCGCGAAGAAUGAUGUCUCGCAAGCUUUUACGCGUCUCGCAGCCGUCGCCGGAACCUCUACUUGCCACCUUGCUAUGUCACGCGAACCCGUCUUUGUAAACGGUGUCUGGGGUCCAUACCGCGAUGUGCUUCUCCCUGAAUACUGGAUGGCCGAGGGAGGACAAAGCGCGACUGGUGAGCUUCUCAAGCAUGUUAUUGAAACCCACCCGGCUUUCCAUGAAGCCUCCUCCGUCGCUGAAACCUACAACACCAACAUCUACGACUACCUUAACGAGCAUCUUCGUGAGAUGGUAGACAAUGAGAAGGCACCCCACAUCUCUUGGCUUGGACGCCACUUCUUCUUCUAUGGUGAUCUCUUCGGAAACAGGUCUCCAGUUGCAGACCCUAACAUGAAAGGCUCUGUCAUCGGUCUCAGUUCGGACAAGAGCUUAGAUGGCCUUGCGCUAUACUACUACGCCACAAUGGAGUUCAUCGCCCUGCAAACCCAUCAGAUUAUCUCCUCGAUGAAUAAGUCUGGGCAUGUUAUCUCCUCAAUCUUCAUGUCUGGCUCACAAUGCCAGAAUGACAUCCUGAUGCAGCUCAUCGCUGCAGCAUGUGACAUGCCUGUCUUGAUUCCACGGUACGUUCACGCCGCUGUGGUGCAUGGUGCAGCUAUGCUAGGAGCGAAGGCUGCCAGUACAGACAAAGAUGGAAAUAGUGAGCCACUCUGGAAUAUUAUGGAUCGAUUCAGUAAGGCGGGUAAGAUGGUCAAGCCUAGCGCGGAUGAGAAUUUGAAGAAGCUGCUGGCAACAAAAUAUAAGGUCUUCUUAGAGCAGUGCGAGAGCCAGCAGAGGUAUAGGAAGGAUGUGGAUCAAGCCGUUGAGGGGUGGUCAAAAGCGAAGUAGACAACGAGUGAUACAGACGGAAGGGGUUGCUUCGCGGUGUUAUAUAUAGUGUCAUUAGUCACCACCCUUGAGAAGUUCCGAGAAGAACGUAAGGAAGAGUUGC